UAGCCUUGUAACAUUACCACAGGCCUGAGCUGGACCUUGAACCUUGAAGUGGCAUAUGCAGAGGCGUGUUCAAGUCUAAUUGCCCAAAGGUGAUGAGAGCCAGCAUUGAGAUAUAUUUAUUUACACAAGGAAUCAUUGCUGCAAAUUCAGAGGACUCUGAGAGCAAGAGCCUAAACUUUAGCGGUGUGUUAAUGAUGCUCUGGCAAGUUGGACUGUGAGUUGGGGGCUGGUAGAUGAAUAUUUGUGGAGCAUGAACAGAGUGUACAGAGUUAUGUCUGGUCUAGUCUGAGACUUUGCCCUACCGUUGAUGGGAUUGAUUUGAUGAGAGAAGAUUUUGACUUGAAGAAGAAAACUGGAACAGAGCUGGUGCUUCACUUUGGCUGAUCUGUAAAGGCAUAACAGAAGACAAAGCAUGUUUGGACCUUGAAGUCAACUCCUCUGAACUUAAAAUCACUCAGACAACCAAAGGCAUGGAGGUUUCUCUUAGUGCUCUGCACCUCUCAUUGUUUGAAGAGGACCAAAAUGGAAAUGACAUUACUUGCGUUAGUGACCCUUCAUCUGAUUCACAAAGGAACAGCAGUAGUCAUGGUCAGACAAACAGCCCUGCUGAUGUAGAGAUGAUCGGGGACUGCGGCAGUGAUCUUAUUUCAGCAACACGCAUCAUUAAAAAUGUGGAUAUAGAAACACAUGUGGCUGCUGUUGGCUGUAUGAAAACUGCAGGUGACAACUGUAACCAGAAUAUGACUUUUAUGAUCUCGGGCCUACAGAAUGGCAGUAUUGAUUCUGAAAGUACCACAGCAGAUGUUCAUGAUCUCCUUGUAAAGAACGGCAGUGACAUUUCAAGGAUGUGCCCCAACACUGAUGCACAGCCUGGCUUUGUCAAAGGAUCUGUUUCUCCAUCGUACUGUAGCUCCAGUAAAAAAAACAGCUCUGUGAGCUCUGGUGAGAUGCUAAUUAGGAGCAACAGUUUUAUCAUUCAUGAAUCCGAACAACUACUCAGUGCCUCGGUCUUGGAGGACUCUUCAGACAUGCCUUCUGACAUCAGCAUGAUGCCUGGCUUGCUGCCUGAUGUUUGUGAGGGUCUGGUUAAUAACAUGCUCAGUGCUACAGGACAAAACAACAAACAUUCUGACUUUGGAGUCACCUUCAUCCAGUCAUGCAAUCAGACAUUCACGAUGGAAGAGGAUGUGUUUCAAACAGUUUUCCAUAAUGGACCUGAGGAAAGCAGAGCUUCACGUUUAGUUGCUGGACUUAAUCAUAUUGAAUGUGUCACACCAGCUAAUAUGAAAAAAAGUCAUGUUGAAGUUGAGAGAGCUACUUGCUCUGUGUCGGCUGAAGGCAAAACUUUCCAAAUUCGAACCUCUGAGGAACUAGACAUUAGUGGUAAUGCCCAGACAUCUACCCCUGUUCAGUCUGUGAGCUCUAAAACAUUUUGUUUUUCAGAAUCUUCUCUUAAUAAAAGUAAGAGUGAUUUUGGGAGUCCAUUGGCCCAAGUCGUGAAGGAGCAGCAAAAUUCUGUCUUUCAGAAACCUAAAUCAUCAUUGACUGCAUCCACUAAAAGUAAUAAGUUAGAACCUAAGAAGUAUGCCAAGCCUGACUUCAGUAAUGUAAGAUCUAAAAUCAUGUCUAAACCCAAAAGUGUCUUAAAGCCAUCAAAUGUGGCUGUUAGUGCUUCAGCAAAUAUAAAACAGCCUAAAAUCCAGUCUAGACCUUCCCAUUCCAUGCAAAGCAUAACAACUCCUACCUCUGUAAUUUCUUCCAGCUCCACUCUCACAUGUGCAAGCCUUAAGAAGGAUAAGAACAAUGUGAUUAAAAGAGCACACUCAUCCACUUGUCAAGAUACUGCACCUGCUCGAAAGUCUCGGCCUCGCAUGUGGUCUGAGACUAUUGGAGAAGUCACAACUAUAAAGGAAUCACAGGUCAGUAAGAUUGAAAGCACCCCCACUAUUGCAAAAAGCUCAUCCGUAGGAGGUUUUCUGAGCCGGACUCGCUUGAACAAACCUGGAGACAGACAUGCUUCUUCUAAAGAGGAAAAAUCAGGUUUACUCAGAAAACCCCAGAAACCCAGUCCAAAGGCAGACUCGUCUCGGCCGGUAGGAGCAGCACUGCGUGAUUGGCACAAAAGUAGUCUUGGCUCCCAGCCAUUGUCAUCCAGGGCAGGAGGUACUUCGCCUGUGCAAACUCCAGCUGCAAAUCUUCGGCCACCACCUCUGUCUGCAUCAAAGCAUAAACCUGGCACGGCACGGAAGAAUGACUGCCCCACCAGUGACAUGCCUUCUCCAUCUCCAAGGAGCAAACUGAGCACAUCUGGAGGUAAUCCAACCAUGCGUGUUACCAGUGGUACCGGAGCCGAGGGUUCGAGGGGAACCGUUUCUAGAUUCUCUCUUACGACUGGCCAGCCACAUUUGUCCACCUCCAAACUUCCCUUAAAGACAAGGACCCAAGUCAAAAGCUUGAGUGCCUUCAGUGGACACACCAAGCCUGGAGACAAGAGAACAGCUUCACUGUCAAAUGCAUCUGUGAUGUGUGCAUUAAGUGUCUCUAAACCCCCUGUUUCAUCACGACCUGCUCGACUUCCUUCUUCUGUUUCAGUUGACAAAACCAAGGCAAAGGGGAGCUCACGCAGCCAGCAGCAGGAACACGCCAAUGGUCAUCCGGACCUGGUGCCACCAGAGACCAAGCCUCAAGGGCUGGAGUACUACAAGGCUCUGUGUGAGAAAAAGAAUCAAACCAUCCAGCAGCUGAAGAACAGUCUUAUUGCCAGCAACCGUAGAUUUGAAGCCUUCGCUGUUGUUGUGCAAACCCUUUACAUACAGAAUGAAGAAUCAGUGAAACGGCGUCAGGAGCAUGCUGUGGAACUGCUCGACCUGCAUGAGGAACUCGUGAACUCAGUGCAGUCAUGCGAGCGUCUGGAGAAAGAGAAGGAGCAGCUGCAUGCUGCCUUCGAUGGAGUGCUGCAGAAAGUGCAGGAGCAGCACCGCCUGGACCUGGCUGACCUAGAGGAGCGCUUGAAAACCUUCUACAUGACUGAGUGGGAAAAAAUCCAACAGUCCUAUCAGGAAGAAGCAGAGAAGUACAAAGCCCUGCUGGAGCAACAGCUGGAGGAACUGAGAUCCAAACAUGAGGCGAUGCAGAAAGAGCUGGAAGAAAGCCAUGAAGAGAAUGUUAAAGGCCUUAAGCAGCACUAUGAAGAAUCUUUUAAAGAACUCAGAAAAUCUCACGAGCAGGAGAUGCAAGCACUGGAAAAAAUGCAAAAAGAAACCGAAUCGAAGUUAACUAAUCAAAUUGAGGAGCUUACUACAGCCAACAGCUACUUUAGUGAGAGGCUGAAAGCAGAAGAGGACAGAAGGAAGGAACUGGCUGAGAAAUGUCAGAAGGACUCUCACACCCUGUAUCUGGAGCAAGAGCUCGAAAGCCUGAAAGUCGUGUUGGACAUUAAGAACAAGCAGAUCCACCAACAAGAUAAGAAAGUGAUGCAAAUUGAAAAACUGACGGAGAAAAAUGUAAAGCUUGAGGAAUGUCUAAAGAAAGUCCAGCAAGAAAAUGAAGAUCUAAAAGCCAGAAUGGACAGACAUGCUGCAUUAUCAAGACAACUGUCUACAGAGCAGGCAGUCUUGCAGGAAUCACUCCAGAAAGAGACAAAAGUGAACAAGCGUCUGUCGAUGGAAAAUGAAGAACUGCUAUGGAAACUACAGAACGGAGACAUGAGCAGUCCACGCAAGAUCUCACCCUCAUCUCCCUCUGUGACUCUGCAAUCCCCUCGCCACUCGGGCCUUUUCUCCAGUCCCCCCGUUUCCCCCAGAUAACACUGGUCAUCAGCUUCCAUGAAGCAGCUUCUCAAACACUUUGCCAGGGACAGAGUUCUUGUCUACACUGAAGGCUAUAUUAGCUGUGUGGGUCCACAACCUGUCACCUGAAGGACAUUGAUCCAAAACGGAUCUACUCUCAGGUGAACCUUGUACAGUUGAAUGACUAUUAUAACUGAUUGCACUGAAGCACUUAAUCAAUAAGGCCACCUUUUUGUAUUUUGCCUUUCACUUCUGAUUUUGGACAAAAAAAAAAAAUCUCAGGGUUUGUACAUAAUUUCUCAUGCCACUAGACUGUCAUAUGACGAUUCGUUUUUUGUCCUUCAUUAUCUGGGAAGGUACAUUACUGGCUUGAACGGCAUGGCAAAAUGCUUUACGUCUUCGGCUUCUAUGCAUUUGACUUGUUUGCUAUCAAGAGAACAUUGACAGCACAUUAUGACUUUUUUCUUCACAUAAACAAAGCUUUACCACUAGCAGCCUUUUACGAGGACCUGUAUUCCAUUACAAAAAAAUCUAAUUCCUAGGAUUAUACUCAUAAAAACUUUCCAGAUGCUACUCAAGAUUCAUUUUCCCAUUAAAUUGCUCUCUUUCGCCCUACACUGGAAUAGCAAGGUAUUAAAUAAUAACUUUUUUUUACCCAAGUCAUUUUUAUACACAAGUGAAUGAAACCAAAUGGACAGAUAUUACUAUGUAGUGUUCCUAGGAAUCAGAAAGACGUACUUAAGGGAUUCAGAUCCAUUCAAUACAUUUUGAAUCAAUAUUUUAAACCUUAUCUAUUACAAAUCCUGUAUUAAAGACACUGUCCCACAAAUUGAAGACUGAUGAACUGUGUAUUCGAUAUCCGAACAUUAGCCAGUCCAAUUACCUGCUACUAAUGAAAAUCUCCUGUCAGUGUUUUAAAUAUGAAUACGGGUUUAGGAUUGUUGACUACUGUUGACCCCUGAUGAGAUACUGGUGUACUUUUUCUGUUCGUCCUUUUUUUUUCUUAACUAUUUUUAUGACCAUGGGACCAACGUAUAUGACUGUUUGUGCAUGUUCAAGUGGCCUCAAGAGGAAACCCAAGUGUUGAAACUCUCCUUAUGCAGCUUUAAGGUUCAUCUAUUUCACAUGUGUGAAUAUGGUUUGGUUGUGAGAGUAAAAGAAAUUGAGUUAAUAUGGAUCUUGGUUGAGUGUUGCUAAGAUAAUUGUGUUAGUAUUUGUGUGUGCAAGUUUAUUGGUGUAAAGCUAAGCUGAUUUUUUUUUUUUUAAAUAUGCAAUUAAUAAAGUCACAUUAAA